CUGGAGGCUGGAGCAUAGAGGCAAGGCGAGGGCACAGUGUAUGAAGAAACACUGUGGACAGAAAGAACUGCUCUGCUCAGUGUGCAUGCCAGCAUAUGAAUAAGUGUUGAGAGCAGCGCGACAGCAUAGUUUUUGAGAGGCAGCAGUUCACAGGAGCAGUGGAUCUAAUUUGACCUGCACUGGAAGACACUUCUGACAGCCUUUUUUUCCCCUGUGUCUAAACCUCAAUCACACAUCCACACAGUGUCAGUCUGACAAGGCGCCAACAUGUUGGAGCUGGUCCUGUCAUUCAGCCGCUCCCUGGUGCGCAGGAAAGUGGUCGACAUGAACAGCCUGGAGGACUCGAAGCUGUGCCGCUGCCUGGGAACCGUCGACCUCAUCGCCCUGGGAGUUGGCAGCACUCUUGGCGCCGGCGUCUACGUCCUGGCCGGCGAGGUGGCCAAGGGAGACUCAGGCCCCAGCAUAGUCAUCUCCUUCUUAAUUGCUGCCCUGGCCUCCGUCAUGGCCGGCCUGUGCUACGCUGAGUUUGGCGCGCGUGUCCCCAAGACCGGCUCUGCUUACCUUUAUAGCUAUGUGACCGUCGGAGAGAUCUGGGCCUUCAUCACCGGUUGGAACCUCAUUCUCUCCUACGUGAUAGGUACCUCCUCAGUCGCCAGGGCUUGGAGUGGCACAUUUGAUGAAAUGAUAGGAGGGCACAUAGAGGUGUUCUGUAAGACCUACUUCAGCAUGAACUCUCCCGGUCUGGCUCAGUACCCCGACUUCUUUGCCGUGUGCCUGAUACUGCUGCUUUCUGGACUCCUGUCGUUUGGCGUGAAGGAGUCGGCCUGGGUCAACAAAGUCUUCACUUCAGUCAACGUGCUCGUACUCUUGUUCGUCAUUAUCUCCGGCUUCGUCAAAGGAGACACGGCCAACUGGAAGAUAACUGAAGAAUCCCUUAUAAAUGUCACCAUAGUUGCAAGGAACUUGUCGGCGACGGCCAACGUGAGCAGCGAUUAUGGAGUCGGAGGAUUCAUGCCCUUCGGCUUCAGUGGGACCUUGGCUGGAGCUGCCACCUGCUUUUACGCUUUUGUUGGAUUCGACUGCAUUGCUACCACAGGCGAGGAGGUAAGGAACCCCCAGAAAGCCAUUCCCAUCGGCAUCGUGGUGUCACUGACCGUGUGUUUCCUGGCGUACUUUGGCGUGUCCGCCGCGCUCACGCUGAUGAUGCCCUACUACCUGCUGGACGAGAAGAGCCCUCUGCCCAUGGCCUUUGAAUACGUGGGCUGGAGCCCUGCCAAAUACGUGGUCGCUGCAGGGUCACUGUGUGCCCUCUCCACCAGUCUGCUGGGCUCCAUUUUCCCCAUGCCUCGUGUAAUCUAUGCUAUGGCACAGGACGGGGUGCUUUUCAAAGUCUUAGCCCGAAUCAAUCCAAAGACGAAGACCCCACUUAUUGCCACUAUGACAUCCGGUGUAGUAGCAGGUGAGAGCCGGGGAGAGUCGAGUGAGAUCACUCCUGCUAAUCUUUCUCCACCAAUCAAAUGUGAAAGACAGACAAACACGCAGAUAAUCAUUUGGCUCUAUUUUAUUUUCCGGAAACUUAACCACACUUCAACACUCUCUUCUUUCAGUCCAGUUUUAGGAGGUUUUCCCUCCAUACACACAUGUUGUUCUUUCACAUUUGUGCCGGUGUCAUGUUUUCUUUCCCAGAAUGCCCUCAACUUAACCAUGAACCCUCUUCUCCCUAGCCUGUUGGGCUCCAUGUUCCCUCUGCCGCGCAUUCUCUUUGCCAUGGCACGAGAUGGUAUUCUGUUCAAAUUUAUGUCCAAAGUGAGUAAGCGCCAGUCUCCUGUGGCUGCCACCAUGGCGGCAGGUACCACUGCGGCCAUCAUGGCUUUCCUGUUUGACCUCAAAGCACUGGUUGACAUGAUGUCCAUUGGGACCCUGCUGGCCUACUCACUGGUUGCUGUGUGUGUGCUGAUUCUCAGGUACCAGCCAGAUGGAGCCCUAGUGCAGCGGGCAGGCACCGGCGAGAGGGACUACCUGUCCUCUGAGGCGGGGGAGUCUGAGCUGACGGAGUCCGAGUCCCACCUGAACAUGCUCAACGGCGGCAGCUCCACCCUGCAGGCUGUCCUGCACCCUCCCGCCUCACCCUCCGAGCAUUCCUCCAGUGUGGUCAACAUGACCGUCUGUGUACUCGUGCUGGUAGUGUGCGUGGUCAGUUACCUCACAACGUACCACAUCUACUCCAUCCUGGGCAUGGAAGUGUGGAUCCUGGCGCUCCUGACCGUGUGCCUCCUCAUCUUCAGUGGCUGCGUCUUCAUGGUCUGCAGGCAGCCUCAGACCAGCACGAAGGUCUCCUUCAUGGUUCCCCUUCUGCCUUUUCUGCCCAUUCUGAGCAUAUUUGUCAAUAUUUACCUCAUGGUUCAGCUGAGUGGAGAUACCUGGAUACGUUUCUCUGUGUGGAUGGCCGUGGGUUUCGUGAUCUACUUCGGCUACGGCAUGUGGCACAGUGAGGAGCGCCAGCGCAAACUCCAGGGUCUCGUCAACGGCAGCAGCACCCGGGAACACAGCAAGACCGGCGGGGAGAAGCGGGCCGGUACGGGUGCGGCGGGAAAAGACCAAGAGGGUUUCAUCCGCCCAGAAAAGACCAGCCAGUUUUAAAGUGAUGGACUCUGUGAGGCGACAGAUGCAUGAAAGCACACAGCAGCUCUGCCUUGAUGCACCUGUUCACACGGGCGGCGUCAGAACUCUGUAUUAGCGGCCACAUGAUGUGGGGAGCCGCUCUAUCACUGCGAUGGACUCGCAUUAGGUCACAUUGCGCUUCACGGACAGCACAGAGACAGAAUUAAAAAAGGACAGGUAACACACUGGAGGGUGAUGUUCAUUUCCUUUAACACUGAAGCAGUCUGUGCACCACUGCAGCAAAGCCUCUCUCUCUCUCUCUCUCUCUCUCUCUCUCUCUCUCUCUCUCUCUCUAUUUUCCUUUUCUGUUA